CCGUGGAAGUCGAUCGAACUGUCCGUCGCGUUUUGCUUUUGGACUCAUCUCUGCUCUGCUUCUCUGCUUAUUUCUUUCUUCUUGCAUCGCUGUAUCUGAGAAGCCUCAAAACAGUUUCAUCAGCAAAAUGGACACAAUGACGUCCGAUUCGCUGAACUUGACCGUUCACCACCAUGGAACACCCCAUACUUUCAAUCUCUCCUCAGACACAACACUUCAAGACCUCUCUUCCCUCCUCGCCACCUCUCUUCACAUCCCUCCUGAGAAUCAGAAGCUACUCAUCGCACCAAAACCGGGAAUGCAAAAGGCUCCCUUCCCCGCCACCCGAUUGGACAAUAUCAUCCCACUCGACUCCCCCAAGCUAAAGAUCACUCUCCUCGGCAGCCCGGCCAAGGAAAUUAAUGAUUUGAACACUCAACUCGCUGACACCCGACGAAGAAACGAAGCGCGAGCUGCCGCGCGCGCCUCAGCGGCAUCAUCACCCGCCAGCAGACCCAGCCGACGCAGCGGCGGCAUCCACACACUCUCUGACUCGGGCGACUCCUACACCUUCCACCGCUUGCUUCCUUUACCCUACCUCCCGAAUCCGUCACGAUCACACGAGUUCCUAGCCCGUCUUCGUGAUGACCCGGGCAUCCGCGCCUCGAUGGCAAAACACCGUUUCUCCGUCCCAUUGCUGACGGAAAUGAACCCGGCCGAGCACACAACGAUGGACUCGCGGACGCUAGGUCUGAACCGGAACAAAGGCCAGGUGAUUGAGUUGCGUUUGCGCACGGAUGCCUAUGAUGGGUACCGCGAUUACCGCACCAUCCGGAAAACGCUAUGCCAUGAACUGGCGCACUGUGUGUUUAGUGAGCAUGAUCGGGACUUUUGGAACUUGACGGCGCAGAUCGAGAAGGAGGUUGAUGCGGCAGACUGGAAGCAUGGUGGACGGAGGGUGACAGAGCAGGACUUUUACAACCCUGAUGAUUGGGAGGCGGAGAAAGAUGCAGAGGUGAUCGAUGAGCGGGGAUGGACAGGUGGAGAGUUUGUUCUUGGGGGGCCGAGGCAGGACGCAGUGGGAGAAGAGAGGCUGAGAAAGGAUAAGGACAAGGGCAAACAGGAAGAGUGAGACAUCUAGGUGGUUUUGAAUAUGCUUAUGAGAUAUGACAUGGUAUGAUAGUUUACUCUUUUGGGGUUAAGGUUUAUUCUUGCGGACAACAUAUUAUAAUACUAUGUGCAUUUGUUCAAAUAUAGACCCAUAUAUAGAAUGGACUUGAGUAUAGUCUGACAAAUUAAACCUGCUCGUUUACAAACAAUCCUGCCAUUCCUUGUCCAGUUCCGAUACACAUGCUGGUCACCAAGACCUUCUUCUUGGUUCGCCGUGCCUCGCUAAGAAUGGUACAGAUUUGGCGUGCCCCUGUAGCUCCCAAAGGGUGACCG